AUGUACAAAGCAAAGCCUCCCUUUCCUCAGAGGUUGGCAAAGAAGAAUGAUGAUGCUAAGUGUCAGAAGUUCUAUGAUCAGUUGAAGCAGUUAACAGUGAAUUUUCCAUUCUUAGAUGUUGUCAAAGAGAUGCCCGGAUUUGCUAAGUUUGUGAAAGACCUGCUUACAAAGAAAAGGUCUGUUCAACAUGAGACAGUGAAUUUAACUCAUCGAGUGAGUUCAAUUAUUGCUUCCACCACAGUUCAGAAGAAGGGAGACCCAGGGGCGUUCACUAUUCCGUGCAAUAUUGGGCUUCAUGCAUUCGCCCGUGCUCUGUGUGAUAAUGGGGCGAGUAUUAACUUGAUGCCCCUUGCUAUUUUCAAACAAUCUGGAUUGGGGACUCCUAGACCGACUUCUAUGCGAUUACAGAUGGCAGACAGAUCUAUCAAGAAGCCAAUUGGAGUUAUAGAUGAUGUGUUGGUGCAAGUGGGUAAGUUCAUGUUGCCUGCUGAUUUCGUGAUUCUGGAUUGUGCGGUGGAUAGAGAUAUUCCCAUUAUCUUGGGAAGACCGUUCCUUGCUACGGGAAGAGCGCUUAUGGACUCUGAAAAGAAUGAAAUUAAGUUCGAGUGA